CUCCGCCCGCCCGGCCCCCCGCAGCCGGAACCCGCGCUUGCAGCGGGAGGUGGCCGAGGAGGAGCGCCUUACCCUGUAGGUUGUCCAUGUCCCCGUCGUCCAUGGCCGCUGCGCUGCUCGCCCGGGCCUGCGGCCCCCUCCACCGAGCUCUCCGUCCUCGGGCCUGGCGGCAGCUGCACACUGUCUACCAGUCUGUGGAACUGCCCGAGACACACCAGAUGUUGCGUCAGACAUGCCAGGACUUUGCCGAGAAGGAGCUGGUCCCCAUCGCCGCCCAGGUGGACCGGGAACAUCUCUUCCCCGCGGCUCAGGUGAAGAAGAUGGGCGAGCUGGGGCUUCUGGCCAUGGACGUGCCCGAGGAGCUCAGCGGGGCCGGCCUGGAUUACCUGGCCUACGCCAUCGCCAUGGAGGAGAUCAGCCGCGGCUGCGCCUCCGCCGGCGUCGUCAUGAGCGUCAACAACUCUCUCUACCUGGGGCCCAUCCUGAAGUUCGGCUCCACGGAGCAGAAGCGGCAGUGGAUAACUCCUUUCACCAGUGGCGACAAAAUCGGCUGCUUUGCCCUCAGUGAACCAGGGAAUGGCAGCGACGCGGGAGCCGCUUCCACCAUCGCCCGGGCGGAGGGGGACUCCUGGGUCCUGAACGGCACCAAAGCCUGGAUUACCAACUCCUGGGAGGCUUCGGCCGCUGUGGUCUUUGCCAGCACGGACAAAGCCCGGCAAAACAAGGGCAUCAGUGCCUUCCUGGUUCCCAUGCCAACGCCUGGGCUCACGCUGGGGAAGAAGGAAGACAAGCUGGGCAUCCGGGCCUCGUCCACCGCCAACCUCAUCUUUGAGGACUGCCGCAUUCCCAAGGACAACCUGCUGGGGGAGCCAGGGCAGGGCUUCAAGAUAGCCAUGCAAACCCUGGACAUGGGCCGCAUUGGCAUCGCCGCCCAGGCCGUGGGCAUCGCGCAGGCUGCCCUAGACUGUGCUGUGAACUACGCCGAGAACCGCAGGGCCUUUGGGGCGCCCCUUACCAAGCUCCAGGGUAUCCAGUUCAAGCUGGCAGACAUGGCCCUGGCCCUGGAGAGCUCGCGGCUGCUGACCUGGCGGGCCGCCAUGCUGAAGGAUAGAAAGAAGCCCUUCACCAAGGAGGCAGCCAUGGCCAAGCUGGCUGCANCGGAAGCUGCGACUGCCAUCAGCCACCAGGCCAUCCAGAUCCUGGGCGGCAUGGGCUACGUGUCAGAGAUGCCUGCCGAGCGGCACUACCGGGAUGCCCGCAUCACUGAGAUCUACGAGGGCACCAGCGAGAUCCAGAGGCUGGUGAUCGCCGGGCAGCUGCUCAAGAGCUACCGCGGCUGAGCCUUCUGCAACUGCGCCCUCCCGGAGCCGGAGCCGGAGCCAGAGCUGGAGCUGGAACCGGAGCCUCAACCCUGAUGCCUCUUCGGAGACCCUGGGCUGCGGAGCGGGAUAGGGCGCCCCCUCUGGCCAGGCCCACUCUUGUCCUAUCCUGUGGACUGGCUGCCCGGCUAUCUGCCCCCGAUCCCACUCAGGUGGGAGUCAGGCUCAGGGAGACAGGAAAGGCAGGGCCUACCGGGCGUGGCUGGUGCCUGAGCACAGCCAUCUGCAGCCUGGUCUCUGGGCCUGGCCACCUCCCCAAGACCAACAGCUGUGCCUCAUUUUCUGAGGGCUGGGUGACACUAUGGUACUCCCCAGCUUUGUACCGGGGGCCCUGGUGCUUGGCGGGACAGACUCUGCAGUUCCUGCUCGGAUCCCUGAGGUCAGGGGUCAGGAGGAGCAGUGGGGUGGGGACAGUGACCAUCCUGACCAGGCAGGAGUUGUGGGCUCGGCCGGGGAGGCCCAGCCCUGGGAAGGCCUGGGUCUGUGGCCUCUGCCUCGAAUGAGUGGGAGCAGGUGGUGAGUCUCGGGCAGGUGGCGGUGGGAUUGCCCGCCCCGAUGCUCAGGUGUGGGAGUGUGAUGGGUAAUAAAGCGCCCCGCUCCUGA